UGAAAUCGGCCGAAGAGAACUGCGGCUGAUUUGCUGAUGUCAGGGCUUCAGUGCAGCAUUUCAUGGCUUUGGGCGGAUACUCGACGGCUGGCUGAAACGCUCUCUCCCCGACACACACACAUGCCCAACCGGCAGACGCGAUGCUGUCCUCCGCUAGACGCUGCGCUUUCACAAGCGUGUUGAUUUUGUGCCUGUGCUCGCCAGCCGAUUUGAAACGGGUUUUUAGGUGUCCGUCGACAUGCACCUGCUCGAAGGAGUCCAUUAUUUGUGUCGGAUCCAACUAUGUCCCGCGGAUCAGUCCAAACGACAUCAAUUCACUGAGCAUCGUCAACGCCACCUUCACCGAGGUCAAAGAGUCGAUGUUCGCGCACAUGCCCUCUCUGCAGCUGCUAUUGCUGAACUCUAAUGCCCUCACCACCAUACGAGAUGAUGCCUUUGCUGGUCUUCCUCACUUGGAGUACCUGUUCAUCGAGAACAACAAACUGGAGAUGGCAUCCCGCUUCGCUUUCAGAGGCCUGAGAGACCUCACCCACCUGUCGCUUGCAAACAACAAUAUCAAGGCUUUGCCCAGGGAUCUGUUCAGCGACCUGGACUCUCUGAUCGAGCUGGACCUGCGUGGCAAUGCAUUUGAGUGCGACUGCCGUGCCAAGUGGCUGAUGCAGUGGGUGCGGGGGACCAACGCCACCGUCUCGGACAUCUUCUGUGCUGGACCCGAGGACAUGAAGGGCAAGAGGCUCAACGACAUGGCCAGCAUGCACAACGAGUGCAUGUCCACAGACUUUGUCCUCCAUCAGUCUGUCACCUCAGAGUCUCUGUCUGUGGACACCUUCUCCUUCAAGAAUGAUGUGUAUGUGGCCAUCGCUGCGCCCAACACCGAGAGCUGCAUGGUGCUCCAGUGGGAUCACAUUGAGAUGUUCUUCAGGAGCUACGACAACAUCACAGGCCAGUCUAUCGUGGGCUGUAAGUCGGUGAUCAUCCAGGACCAGGUGUUUGUCAUCGUGGCGCAGCUCUUCGGUGGCUCACACAUCUAUAAGUUCGACGAGGACCAGAGUCGUUUUGUGAAGUUCCAGGACAUCGAGGUGUCCAAGAUCUCCAAGCCCAACGACAUCGAGGCGUUCCAGAUGGCAGGGGACUGGUUCUUCGUCAUCGCCGACAGCUCCAAGGCAGGCCUAUCCACGCUGUACCGCUGGAAUGAUAAAGGGUUCUACUCCCACCAGUCCCUCCACGAGUGGUUCCGUGACACGGACGCCGAGUUUGUCGACCUGGACGGGAAGGCCCACCUGAUCCUCGCCAGCCGAUCACAGGUACCGGUCAUCUACCAGUGGAAUCGUGCGUCGCAGCGCUUCGUGCUGCAGGGGGAGAUCCCCAACAUGGAGGACGUGGUGGCGGUGAAGGCGUUCCGCGUGGACGAGGCGCUCUUCCUGGCCAUGACGCGCUACAUCGGCGACUCCAAGGUGCUGCGCUGGACGGCGCCCAAGCACUUCUCGGAGGUGCAGGCGCUGCCGUCGCGCGGGGCUAUGAUCCUGCAGCCCUUCAGCUUCAAGCGGCGCCACUACCUGGCGCUCGGCAGCGACUACACCUUCUCACGCAUCUACGUCUGGGACGCCGACAGCGGAACCUUCCGGCGCUUCAAGGAGGCCUACAUACAGGCACCGCGCUCCUUCACCGCCGUCUCCACUGACCGCCGAGACUUCCUGUUCGCCUCCAGCUUCAAGGGCAGCACACAGAUCUACGAACACAUCCUCAUCGACCUCAGCCUGUGAGGGUCACUACGCCACACACACACACACACACAUAUUCAAACACACACACACACACAUCGAUCUGUAUCAUUGAGUCUUUUACAUUUCUAGUAUGCCUAAGUAGUAGGUAGUAGUGGGCCCAAGUUAGCUUGUAAAGCGCCCUAUAGUUCAGGUAGAAGCUGGUAGAUACUUUAUUUAUUUGUUGGGUUUAUUAUAAUUUUGCACUGAAUGAGGAACUGAGCAUUAUGACGUCAUCUCUUGUAUUGUCUAUUGCCAUGGCGAUAAUUAUGAUGAUGACAAUGACAGGGUUCUUGUGUACAAUGCCUUAUCAGCUCACAAGGGACAGGAUGGUGUCAUUGGAUACACACACACACAUAACACACACACGCACACACACACACACACAAAGUUAAAGUUGACUGGUAUUUAACCAACGCGCUUUUAUCCAAAGCGAUAUGGGAACGAUAUUGGGUAUCAAUCCUGGGCUGACCGAUGAAGCUACCACUUAUCCAACAACACACACACACACACACACACACACACAUGGCCAGCACAUACGAUAAACACUUGCUUUGUAGAUAUCCUAACACUGAAUAAGAUUGUACUCAUGGUAUUUUACAACAGUGGACAGUCUUCACCUCCGGAUCUUGGCUGGUGCUGAUUCAAGCUGGGCUGGGGUGGAUCUGGUGCCAGGGCAGGGCUGGGGUGGAUCUGGUGCCGGGUGCUAGGGCCGGGCUGGGGUGGAUCUUGGCUGGUGCUGAUCCGGGUCCUGGAUCUGGUGUGUGCCGGUGAGGGUCCAGUGAUGCCGCUGACCUGAUUCUGACCUGAUUCCAGAUCAGUGAUGACUCCAGCCCAACGGGGACAGGAGCUGCCUGGACUCUUUCUGCAGCCUACCAAAGCAU